AUGGAUUCUGACGAUGACGCCCCGCCUGAUCUGGUAAAGGUGCAUACCCUGGAGGAAGAAGGAGAGGAAGACGGGCGUCCCAGGGACAAUGGGGGCAAGGUUCCCAUUACCAUUGUGACGGGCUAUCUUGGUGCUGGGAAGACGACUCUACUCAACUACAUUUUGACGGCUCGGCAUGGAAAGAAGAUUGCUGUCAUCAUGAACGGUAUGUUGUCGCACGACCAGAGAUUUUGGAGUUGCUUACAUGUCCUAGCACUCGACAUUGAAAAGUCUCUCACCGUGAAUAAGGGUGACAGUCAAGUGGAGGAGUGGCUGGAAGUUGGCAAUGGUUGCAUUUGCUGCUCUGUCAAGGACUCUGGCGUCAAUGCCAUCGAAUCCCUUAUGGCAAAGAAGGGCGCAUUCGACUUUAUCCUGCUGGAAACCACAGGCUUGGCUGAUCCUGGGAACCUCGCCCCUUUGUUCUGGGUUGACGACGGCCUGGGAAGCACCAUCUACUUGGACGGUAUUGUGACCCUCGUAGACGCGAAGAACAUCCUUCGCAGUCUCGACGAUCCCGCCGGCAAAGUUGAAAUCGACGAGCAUCACAAUGACGACGACCAUGGGCACGGCCCGCUUAUGACGACCGCGCACGUCCAGAUCUCGCACGCCGAUGUCGUUGUCGUCAACAAGGCGGACCUUGUAUCCGAUGAAGAGCUGAAGCAAGUCAUUGCGAGGGUAGAGUCCAUCAAUGGUCUCGCCUUGAUCCACGUCACUAAGCAGGGCGAGGUACCCAAUCUUGAGGGCUUCCUGCUGAAUCUGCAUGCAUACGACAAGGUUCCAGAGCUUGAUGCUAGGCCAAAGGGUCACAAUCACCCAGACCCCACCAUUUCCACCGUCUCGGUGCCGGUGCCAAUGCUGAGGCGUUCGCAGCUUGAAGUCGUCGACGAAUGGAUGCGUGCGGUUCUUUGGGACCAUCGAGUGCCUGGAGAUGAGACGGCGGUAGUGGAGGUCCAUCGGUCAAAGGGUCGGAUAGUGUUCGAAGACGGCCACACAAUGUUUGCCCAGGGCGUCCGGGAGACGUUCGAGAUAACGGCUUCGUCGCAAAACACACGUGAGGCGGCGGGAGCCCAGGACGGUAAAAUUGUACUCAUUGGAAGAUAUCUAAAGGGCCUCGACUUUGAGAAGAGUCUGAUAGACCUUCUUGACUUGAGAGCAAAGGGAAACGAUGAUCUACACGAAGCAGACAAGUCAAAUGAGUAG